AUGUGUGGUGAUCUUUGUAAGUGAACAUUGACUUGCAGUCGUAAAUGUGCUUCAACAACUAUGCCCGUUUUUGGCUCGGCAAGUAGACGAAAUUUGUCCCUGACUUGGUCGACUUUGUGAACAAUGAAGGCAUCAUCCGUAGCUGUGUCCAUAAAAUACAGAAAAGAAGCAAAUAUUGGCGGAGAAAUAUCUCCAGGCACAGUGCAUUGCGAUAUGUCAUAAUAUCCCUUCGGUGGACAUGCUGGUCCUGACACUUUUAUGGGACAGUAGGUUUUUUCAUGUGCUGUCAAGUCCGUAUCCAGUUCCAUAUCAGCCACCUCGAGUGCACUAAAUGCCUUUGGAUGGGAGAUGUUCACAGCUUUUAGAGUUAUCGGUUGACAGAGAAGCGGGACAAAAAUGUCUCUUGGAUCUGAGAGUUGGAUACCUCUUGCAAGUCGAAACCCAUCUAAAAUACUAUUUCAAGGGUUAUAAAACGAAUCCUACCAGUACCAUGAAUUACAUUUGCUUUUUCGCCUGACCAAAUAUUUAGGGAUCUAGAACACAAUUUUGUUGUCUACUUAAAAACAUUUCACUUUGAAACUAUUAGAUUACUUUGCUAUUUUGCUCACCGAUUUCCUUUGAUGGCAAUAAAGCUCCCCGUAUUUGUAGAAUUUUUUAUUCCAGAGUUGA